CGGUCCCUCUGAAACACUCAUCGUUUCGUUCAUUUCUUUCCUUUCUGACUAAAAGCAUUAACACUCUACUUAUAAUUAAUUAAGAAAGUACCUUGCGUUCCCGUUUUCAAGAAGAAAAAGUCGCCAAGCCGAGACAAAGGACUUUGGCAAUAGAAGACUGGAAACGAUCGCGGAAGGAUUACUCCAAAAAUGUGCUUAACUUAGACGUGAGUAUUCUCGGACAGAAAUUCAUGAUCACCACGUGACGAGGAAAGUCGCGAGUUUUGCGCGAUUAAAAAUGCAUCGAAUAUUGGAAAAAGUUCCGGCUUGUUAGGGCUGCAAUCGAUACUUCUAUUACACGUCAGCUCAAUAUGAAUAUCAGGAAAUGGCGCGAAUAACUGGUAGCUAGUGUCCGGUAAAAUAUGCAAUGGCUGUCAUUCCGAGUACAUCGCUUACAGGUCGAAAGUAAAUGUCGCAACGAUGCGAGGUGUCAAUGGCGGAAAAUACCGAAGAAUAAUAUCGAAAGUUCACAUCGGAAAACGAUAACCAGGGACACUCUGCUAUUUUUAUUUCAAUGACGAGUAGUCUUAAAGGAGAAGGGAGAAAAGGUAGAAAUUAAUGAGCUCUCUACUUAAUUAAAUUACAGAAGGGAAGAUGGUAGUCAUUACGGGACAGGUGAAGAUUUUGCAAACUCUCGUUAAACACACCAACGAUGUCACCAGUGUCGAUUUUGCCGGAGAUUGCACGCUAGUAACUGGUUCGGGGGAUAAAAGUGUUCGAGUGUGGGAAUGGCGACAAGGCGUUGGAUACGCCGAAAUAUAUUAUUCUCCACUUCGCGGACACAAGUACGGAGUGACAGCUGUCAAAGUCAGUCCCCAGUCAACUAUGUUGGCAUCUUCCAGUAUCGACGGGACUACUCAGCUCUGGAAUUUACGCGUAAGACGUUUAAAAUAUCGCAACCAGAGAAAUGUGAAUCUUUCGACAUUGCAAUUGCAGUCUGGGGCCAAAAUCCACACGAUGGUUCAAAUUGGCGGAGAGUCGGUCAGAGUUUGCAAAUUUUCUCCGGACUCCACUUUACUGGUAACCGCGGGUGAUAACGGUCAGGUGUGUCUUUGGGAUUUGGUACGCCGAAAUUUAAUCAGAUGUUUCCAGCAUCACGAGGGAGCGGUCCACGGGGUUUCCUUCUCCCCGGAUUCCAACUGGCUCGUCACUUCCUGCACUUUUGGCGUUUUGAAGCUCUUCUCUUCUGCCGAUUUAUUGGACCGCUGUAUUACCGAUAAUCAGGCGAUUCAUUUCUCAGCCUCGGUCGACGAUGCCCACGACUUGGGCGUCAUUUGCUGUGACUUUUCUCCUGUCCAGGAAGUCAUAUGUGUCGAGCCAUUUACAAAACUAUAUCAAUUGGUUACUUGCGGUAACGAUCAUAACGUGAAAAUUUGGAACGUCCACGUGGUGCAAGAAAAAUGCGAACAACAACCUAGGACAGCCUCGAUAACGUUGAAUCAAAUUUUGGAAAAGCAUGGAAGCACGUUGACUUGUACUCGUUUCAGUACGAGUGGAUUAUAUCUCGCUAGUACCAGCCUUGACAAGACAACAAUUAUUUGGGAUGCAGUCAGUGGAGCAGUAAUUUCAGUUUUGGGUGGUCACAAAAGAUACGUUGCAUGCUGUGCAUUUUCGCGAGAUGGUACUUUACUAGCAACAGGUUCAAAUGACAAAUCCGUGAAAGUAUGGAACCUCACUGAUAAUUUAUCACUGGAUUCCGAACUGGUCCGACAUUGCAAUUUCAAAUUGCAUCCUACCGAUAGCGAUGAAGCGGAGGCCUCGAAAGAGCAGGAAGUAGUAAAACAUGCGGAAACAAAUCCAAAGGAAGUGACCCUGAUCCAAGAACUGGAUGAUCACGGAGGAGCAGUAAAUUCUGUAGAUUUUUUCGGAAACAGCCUUAUCGCAUCUGGUUCAAGUGACAAGCUCGUGAGAAUUUGGAAGGUUUCCGGGUACGAAAGUCCCGAAAUUAGGUUCAAUGAGAAGUCAUUUAGUCCUUUGGAUGGUCACAAGUACAGUGUCAAUUUUGUGGAAUUCAGCCCUUGUGGAAGAAUGUUGGUUUCCUGCUCUUUAGACGGCACCGCCAUAAUAUGGGAUACAGAGAAUGGCGGCCAUGCAAAGGUAUCUUUAGUAAAUUCCGGAUCUGGAAUUCGCGUUUGUCGGUGGUCACCCGAUGGAACAUCCUUUGCAACCGCGGGUGACGAUGAAAAGACAACUUUAUGGGACGUGGGAAGCAUGAAGGAGUUGCAAGUUUUCGAGGGGCAUUCCGAUGCAAUUACUGCAAUUGCAUUUACACCAGACUCGAAAUAUCUUGUCACAGCCUGCAGCGAGGGUACAUGGAGAUUAUUUGACAUUAAGGACAGAAAAUGCAUCGGUGCAUUAUUAAUUUGCGACGAGGGCCAUGAUUUGGGGGUUCAAGGAUGCGAUUUCGGACCGAUAUUAGGCACGUCGACCAUUACAGGAAGUAGGGAAUUGAAUUCCUCCAACAAAAGCAAAUUUUACACCCUAGCUACUUGUGGAAAUGAUUCGUUGGUGAAAUUGUGGCACAUUACAAUUUUUCACCUCGACGAAGAAAACGAGAUAAGUGGUGAAAAUAAUAUCUCAUAUAAAGAACAUAAAUUAUUGAGUGGUCAUGGAGGAAACGUGAUGAACGUUCGAUUUUCCCCGAUACAUGGAGAAAUUUUGGGAAGUGCUGCAACGGACAAGACAGCUCGAAUUUGGAGCGUGCACUCCGGAAUGUGCCUUUUCGUGCUGGAAAACCACGAAGGUUUAGUAACAACGUGCACAUUCUCCGAGAGUACGUCUCUUUUUGUAACAGGUGCCUUAGAUAAAGCCGUGUUAGUUUGGAAAUUACCGCAAGAACUGAUUUCGCAAAGUAUGCUAGUAGAUAAUCUAAGACAUAAUCGGAGGAGACUAGCUGAUUGGAGAACGGAUGACGUUACAAACUGGCUGACUAAUAUCGAACUAACCGAUUUAAUUCCGAAGAUCCAAGGCACUUCGUUAACUGGGCGACAUCUUUUCUUGAUGUCGGAGACAGAACUGGUUGCGAGAUUGCAACUUCAUGACGAAGAAGCCGAGGAGUUUAAAAUGCAAUUAUAUUGGCUGAAGAGGGAAGACAGCAAUUUAAUGGAAGCUCUGGAUGAAACGGAAAUUCCGCACGAAUUUGUGUGUCCAAUAACACACGAGAUCAUGAAAGAGCCUGUCCUGUGUCUAGAUGGAUAUACGUACGAAAGGGCGGCUAUUAACGAGUGGUUUCUUUGUGGAAAAUAUACAAGUCCGAUGACGAACGAGCCACUACACGACACAAGUUUUACAUCUAACGUUGCUCUAAGAAAUGCAAUUUGUAAAUUGUUAUAUGGAGAGAAACCGUCGGCCUAAAUGAAUACCGAAGAAGAUCGAUCGAUCGAUCGGAGACUCGAAUUUGUAUUCACUUUUCCACCAGGAAUUGUAAAGCACCAAGAUUUUUCACCAAAGAGAAAAGACGGCAAAUUUCAACAUUUACGAUACAAAUCCGCGUGGACACUAAAUAUGUGGAUUAUAAAGGAUAUUUUUAUAAACUAGCACAAAGCGUGAGAAACAAUCACCAAAAAACCGCUUAUAAAUAUAAAAGAAAGAUUUUGACUCUGACGGAUUUAUAAAGAUGUAAACCUGCACAUAGAAAUUCAGAUAAAUAAAUUAACGAGAGAACAUGCGAUGCUAAAGAUGUUAAGGAUAUGAAAAAUUAUAAUCCAGAUACCUGAUGCACGAAAUCAGUACAAUUUCAAGUCUUUAUCCAGACGUUAUCGAGAUUGCCAGAAACAAGUGUUAACCCCUCGCAUUGAUUCUUUUUGAUCGAUAACAUUUUCUAAUAACUACUGACUUUAUUGCAAUUAAGUUCGCAGAUCUCUACAAACAAAAUGUAUUUUAAACAUUCCUUUCAAGUCUUUCAAGUAACACAAAAUUAUCACAAUAUCAACAGCAGUAGCUCUCUUUGUAUUAAGUCAGAAAUACAUUUAAUGCGAGGGAUUCAAAGUUAUAUGACAAAUUAUAUCACCCAAUGUGCCUGUCAAUUAAGCAAACGAACAAUACGUACAUGUAGGUUCAAAGGCAACUCAAUUAUGGGCCACUCACCCACUUGUAUUAUUAACGCGAGUGAUAUUCUUGUAUCAAUAAGAUUCUGUAAAGAGUGUAUAUAUUUUCUAAAUAUCUCGUCAGGAAUUGCGUCAAAGCAAAGCUUGUACCUCUGUGAUAAAAUCUUGGAUGUAAUCGUAAUAUCAUUUUUUAUCGUUGAAUAUUUCAAUGUAUGCUCACUAAUUAUUCUCGAUGUCAACUGUAAUUGUAUCCCAUAAUAAAGAUGAGAAAUUUCCAA